AUGGCUCCAGAUCAGACGAAGGUGUUCAGCUUCCAGGCUUUAGACCGAACGGAUGGCCUGCCGCAGCCGCUGUCUGCUUUGUCGUCAGGCGACGAGCGGAACAGCUCAUCGGAGCCUUGCCCGACUCCAGACUCGACCCUGUCCGCUCUUUGUCAGCUCGGUGUCUAUCAAUUGAGCUGCAAAUGUGCGUUUGUGGGCUCUUUCGAGAACGGGGAGACGCAGAUCAUCGCGGAAGCAGGGUCAGCCAAUUUGACGGACAACAAGGCAUCUGUCCUUGGCAUGAUGACCCUAGGUCUACGCCUUGGCGAAGGCGGAACCAUCGGCAGCCCUGGAAUUGCGGAGGACGCAUGCAAUAACAUCAUCCGGGACAUUGCCGCGCAGAUCGACGUCAACUCCCACCCUUUCAUCAAACAGCACCCCCAUGCCAGAUUCUAUGUGGAGGUUCCCCUACGCAGCUCAUCUGGAGAGAUUCUUGGUACAUAUGGUGCUGUAGACGACCAAGCUCGGCCGUCUUUUGGCGAAGUUGAGCUGACGGCGCUUCACGACCUUUCGAAGUCAGUAACAAACCACCUGGAAACUGUCAGGGCUGCACGCCGCCACAUUCAGGCGGACCGGCUGCUCACUGGCCUCACGGCUUUCUCCAAAGGACAGUCCAGUGCACAAAAUGCCGACUGGAGCAAUCGCCGGAAGAGUAUCGCCUCUAGCAGAGUUUCUCCCCGGUCGCUGGAUGUGCCGGAUGUUGGUCGUCUGUCAGUCUCGUCUACAAGUACUCGCGAAGUUUCGCCCUCUUCGAGUCGACAGCGGGAAACUCCCCAGGAGUCGUCCUUCUUCCAGCAUCGGGCCUCCGGCAACACCCAGCCAACUUCACCCUGGGAACAGCAAGGUUCCAGGAAACGAUCGGACGACCCGAACAAACUGGUGAUUGUGCCGGAGUCAGCCGCCUGCGAGAAAACAUUGCAACUGUUUGCUCGUGCUAGUACUUUGUUACAAGAGUGCAUGGGAUUAGAUGGGGUCAUCUUUGUGGAUGCAUCCCGGACCAAUUCGCGCAGCGGCUCAACCGCCAGCGUAGGCGACUGGGACAUACUCUCCAGAGAUAGUGACCUGGGUGUAUCUAGUCGCUCACCGAGUCUCUCCUCCCAUGGACAAUGGGCUGAAAGGUCUUGCGAAGCUCUGGGACUCGCCACAUCCAUCAGAGCGACUGAGAGCAACCAGAGCUCGUUGCGACCAGCAUUGACAGAAGGCUUGUUUCAUGAUCUUUUCAACGCGUGUCCAUAUGGAGAAAUCUUCAAUUCGCCGCAGUCGGUCGGUCUUUCACCUCCAAAUUCGUUCAGGUGCAGGCGCAACAGCCAAUCGCGGAAGGAGAGCGAAGUCACCUUGCGCCAGUCGGUUGAGUCUCGGUUGACACAAACAUUUCCCGAAGCUCGGUCCUUCAUAUUUCUACCCCUCUGGAACUGGAACCGAUCGCGCUGGCUUGCUGGAACCUUGAUAUGGACGUGUGAUGAUCAGCGUUUGUUUGACCAGGAUGAUCUUCACUUCUUGAAAACGUUUGGCGACUCAGUUGUGUCCAAGUAUUGUCAACUUGAGUGGACGGCGACUGAGAAGUCCAAGUCGGAUCUGCUCUCCUCAGUUAGCCAUGAACUGCGGUCGCCAUUGCACGGCAUGCUCACAAGCACAGAGCUCCUGCAAUCGACGGGAUUGGAGUCCGCUCAGCAGGAUAUGGUCACUAUGAUUGAGACGUGCGGUCUGACGUUGCUAGACACGAUGAACCAUUUGCUUGACUUCACAAAAAUCAACAAUCUGACGCUUGCGCACAAGAGAACUGGAGGCACCGCAAGCGUAUUGGACAGAUUGAUGACCGAUUUCGAGUUGGACACGCUCAUCGAGGAUGUGGCUGAUUCUUUGUAUGUCGGCCAUCGGUCGUUGAUCAAUGCUUCCAAGAUUGCGGGACGGUACUUGCAGACGGGCACAGCUAUGUCAAGUGGGGCUACAAAGACCAGCAAUCCUGAUGAUCUGUCCGUCAUCGUUCAAAUCGAAGAUCUCGGCUCGUGGAAUAUUCAAUCGUUAUCUGGCGGCUGGCGCAGAAUCGUUAUGAACAUACUGGGCAAUGCCUUCAAAUUCACCCGGUCGGGAUAUAUUGAGAUAUCACUCGCGAAAAAGGUGCAGAGAGAUGUAGGGUCAAAGCAGGUCUUCGCACACUUUUCCGUUACCGACACCGGGUGCGGAAUCUCGCCUGACUUUCUCGAGCAUCAGCUCUUCAAGCCUUUUGCACAAAAAAAUAUCUUAACUGAAGGUGUAGGGCUGGGCUUGAGCGUGGUGAACCAGGUGGUGACCUAUCUAGGAGGGGAGGUUGAUGUGAAGAGUACUAUCGGCGUCGGAACUCAGGUCGACGUAUAUGUGCCUUUGGAUUUCGUGGCGGAGAAAUUCGCGCCGCCCGAACCUAUUCCCAGCUCGAUAACCCGAGUUUCGUUGGUCGGGUUGAAUGCAUAUGCAGACUUGAGACAAGCCCCAGGCGGACUGCUGCGGCCGGAGGCAAAGCGCAAAUUGGCUCUUCGCAGCGCAUUGAGCAAUGUGCUGUUGAGUCAGCCGGGAUGGAUGCUGUCGUUCGCGGAUUCGAUAGAUAAGUCGAGCGGAGACAUCGGUGUAAUUGAGGAAUCGGCGUUGAAAGCGCUGCAUGAAAAGGGGGGUACCCGACUGAAGUUCAACACAGUCGUUGUGAUCGGGGAGCAGGGGGUAUCUCUUCCUACAGAUCUCACCAUUGAAGGCUCCGACGUGAUCUAUAUUCCACAACCUAUCGGUCCGCGGAAGAUCAUCCAAGCCCUGCGAAGAAUCCACGAAUCCCGCCAAAAUACCCCCUUCAUGGAGCAGGAUUACGUUGUCGGCCCGUUUCCCGGUGCACAACGUGGACGCAGCCUGUCAGAUGCGUUCGCUCUCGCGAAGGGAUCCGAGUCGCCCCCGGUAGUGAGGGAGAACGUCUCCGAAUUCGCCCCCGACAUGACGAGGGCGUCGCGACAAAACGACUUGCAUGUGUUGAUAGUCGACGACAACGACAUCAACAUUAAGAUCCUAACAACCUUCAUGCGUAAGAUUGGAUGCAGCUACGAAACCGCCACCGACGGCCUCAUCGCCCUCGAGAAAUUCAAAGCGUCCCCGAAACGCUUCGAUUACAUCCUCAUGGACAUCUCCAUGCCCGUAAUGGACGGCAUCGAAUCCUCCAGCAAGAUAAGGGAAUACGAGGAGGAAACCGCCCGCCCGCGCACGGCCAUCAUGGCCGUGACGGGCGUGGCCUCGAGCGAAAUGCAGCAGCAGGCCUUCGCCGCCGGCAUCGAUGAUUACCUCGUCAAACCCCUAUCGCUUCACGACUUGAAACGAAUUAUGAAUAUUGCAUGA